AUGGACGACCUCGACCCUCCCCCUCGCGGUCUGAAGCGCAAGCGAACGGGGACAUAUGCGACUAGAAGACGAACAUUAGCCUCGUCUCCUACACAGGCUCGAGACUCGCAACCGGUCACGACAAGGGGUGUGACGCAAGCAGAAGCGGCCGAGCAGGACGUUUACGAGAGCGAUGAGCCGACGACGGGUCCUCCGGCGGUGGAGAGUGCAGAGCAAGCUAGAACUCCCACAUCGCGGAGGAAUAGCGGCGGCAGGAAAACAGCAGGAGAUAGCUUCUCGGACAUAAUGGCGGAUGCACGAACAAGUGGGCGAUCAGGGCGACUGGGGAAGAGCCAGAUCGGAGCGGAACAGACUGCCAGGCCGGGUGAAAUCGAGGAGGAACAAGCCGAGCCCGUAGGCAGAAGAUCAAGUGGCCGGACGAGGCGGCCAACACGACGACAUGGCUCUCCUGUCGCCAAGUUACCCGAACAGACCCCUGCGACAUCGCCAGUAAAGAACCGAGCAGCCACGGAUGUCCUUUCUCCUCAACCAAAGGGGAUACUAACCCCUUCGCGACACGGACGCGGGCAGAGGAACGGCCCACGAAAGUCCGUGGUGUUUCACGAGGAUGUCGACGUGGAGGACAAAGACGAGAGGCAGAUUGAAGAACAUUUCGGAUUCAAGGACAUUGGCAGUUCGAAAAGAAAGAACGGGAAUACCAGCACACAAAGCACCCCGGAAAGUCCUGAGGCCAGAGACGAAAAUGUCUUUGAAAAUGCAGCGGAGAAUCAAGAUGAGGGACGACAGCAUGGCGCCAUAGGGGAAGCAGAUGAAAACUCCAUUUCAGACGAAUACCACGACAUGGAUGAUAUCCCGACCACUUUUCAAUCCGCUUCGAAGAUGGCGCAGGCGCAGUCGGCUCUGACAGGAGACGAAAACCCCCGUCUCACCAGCAUAAAGGUCCAGGUCCUCUCCCGUCUCAUAAGCCGCAAUCAGGCCCCAGACAAUCCAACAGGGGCUAUUCCUGCGCAUCUGCAGCACCAGUACAUCACACUCCAUUCCCUGCUCACUGCCACAGUCACGGCUGGCGAGUCCAAUUCUCUCCUGCUGCUCGGCUCCCGGGGCAGUGGAAAAUCCUUCCUUAUCGAAAACGCCAUUGCCGACUUGAGCAAGUCGUACGGUGAUGAUUUUCACGUCGUCAGACUGAACGGGUUCUUCCAAACCGACGACAAAGUUGCAUUAAAGGAGAUAUGGCACCAACUCGGAAAGGAGAUGGCAAUUCCGGAGGAUGAGACGAGCGAAGUGUCGAGCUAUGCCGACACGAUGGCAAGUCUGUUGAGCCUGUUAAGUCAUCCAGAGGAAUUUGGGGAUCCUAACGCUGUCGAGGUUGAUGGCGCCUUCAAUUCACGCGAGCAUGGACCAACAAGGACGUCGAAAAGCGUCAUUUUCAUCAUGGACGAGUUCGACCUCUUCACCACCCAUCCGCGACAGACGCUGCUGUACAACCUGUUCGACAUUGCGCAGGCGAAAAAGGCGCCCAUUGCGGUGAUCGGUUGCUCCACGCGUAUGGAUGUGGUUGACUGCCUCGAGAAACGUGUGAAGAGCCGCUUUAGCCACCGGUGGCUGCAUAUCCCUGCAGCGAAGAGUCUAGUGGCCUUCGAGGAGAUUGUCAAGGAUGUCUUGUGUCUUCCUGUUGAGGGCGAAGAGGCGCUUGGAGUGGCACACGAAGAACGAGAUUGGAGGACAAGGUGGAACGCAUUUAUCGAGACUCAAUUCCUCCCGUCGUCGAGCGUCCAAUCGAUGCUGAAGACAAUCUUCCCCAGCACGAAAUCUAUUCCCGACGUGCUGGCAGCAUUGUAUGUUCCUAUCGCGACGUUCGCUGUGCCCACCGACCUCGAGGACAAACCAAAGGCACCUUUCCCAAGCAUGAUGGACACGACCACCGCGUUUCCAUCUCUGCUUGCUCUUCUCCCACAUCUUCCUAUUCUGCAUCUGUCCCUCCUCAUCUCUGCCACCCGGCUCGAAACGAUCUACGACGUGAUAGUUGUAAACUUCUCACUUGUCCACAAACAGUACACGGAUCUGUUGACUCGAUCUAGACUUCAACGGUCAUCACUAUUGUCGUUCAACAAAGGCGGGACUCUGACGGGAGCGGGUUUGAGGAUGUGGAACAAGGAUACUGCACGUAGUGCAUGGGAGGAGUUGGCUCUAUGGGAGUUCAUAGUCCCAGCUUCAGGCGUUGGUGGCAGAUUAGACGACGAAGGGCUGGGUGGAGACGGUAUCGUAACGAGAAUGUUCAGGGUCGAUGUGACGCUUGAUGAAGUCGCCUGGGCAGUUAAGCAGAAGUUGGGUGCCGCUGGUGCGGGCGAGAUCUUGUACAAAUGGUGUAGAGAGGUCUAG